CGUGGAAGAGAUUGUGCUCAUAGAACCCAUACAAGAAGCACUAGAGCGACUGAUGCCUAAUUUCGUCGGAACGUUUCUUCUCGGUGAAAUUCCUAGGAGGAGGGAAUACUUCCUGCAAUUUGUGGCAACAAUAGCAAAAGGGGUUCAUCUAGGCCGAGGUGCAGAAGGUGUGUGAUGCUUUCGAUUCUAGUUGGAGGGUUUCCUGCAAAAUGUGUAAUCACUUGCAACUUUACGCUUUAUAUUUUUUAUUCACUAUAUUGAUUCAUGUCAUAAUAUCUUAUAGGAUUAUUGAGUUCGAAGAACAUGAUGUGAUCUUGCUGUUCGCCGCUUUCAACGUUAAAGUUGUACAUGGGUGGCUAUCUGACCCGGAUGAUAAUGAGCUUUUCAAUGUUAUUGGAAAUUGCACUCGUGAAUCCCUGCUGACAAAAAUUAGUAAUGGAGGUAUUAAGGAACUUCUCACUGGCAGUAGUAAUCCUUCAUCUUUGGGUAAAAGGAUUCAAAUGUUUGCUAAGUCAGGCAUAACAAGACAUGGGUUGAAAAUGUUACAUGGAGGCACGUUCGAGCGUGAGUUAACAGUCCUUUGCAACAAAGAUCAAUUUGACAUUAUCUGUAAGUUUUCUGGUGAUCUCUUCAUUCUGGAAACACAUGAAGAUAUUCUGAAAACACUCAAAGAAGUCUCGUGGAAAAGGCUAACAUUGUCAGAAGAGGAAAGCUUCUAUGUUUCAAUGCGUCUUGAUCCAAUCAAGAGGCAAAAAAAUAUCCACAAGGCAUCUGAGUGGAGUCAAAGAAAACUGUCAGAACUGGAUGGUUCUGAUGACAAAGGGCAGAAGAAGAAGAACACGAACAAGAAGAAGCAAACAAACAUUACAAAGAACGUAAAGGAAGAGAUUCCUGAGACAGAAACAUCUGAACAUGAUCCUUCCAUUUCUCAUGUGUCUCCGCCUGAGAAAGGAGCCCUUAUCCCACCAACACUUGCUGAUCGUUUCUUCAUGUUUUUAUUAGAGUAA